AUGCCUUUACGUCUUCGACACAUACUCGAUCGAUUGCCAUUGCCAUCUCUUCGUUAUUAUACGUUGAUUAGUACGUCUUUAUUUUUUGGUAAUAUAUUCUAUUAUCACCAUUUAAUACAAACGAAUGAUAUCAAUUCAACAAAUGAAACUCUUGUCAAUGGCACAAAGUUUUUCUCCGAUGCAAAGCCAUUCUCCUUGGUAUACAUGCAAACGUUAUUUUCGAUUAUUUUAUCUCAAUCCUUAUCCUUAUUGAUUCUUGUCAAUGCGAUCUACUGUACAAUUGGCUUGUUUGGCAAGUACUUACAAGAACUCAUCUUUGGUGAAUUACGUUUAGUCGAAUUGCAACGGAGCAAAGAGAAACUUUGGAAUUAUGCAUUUUAUAAAUUUUGUUUUCUUUUCGGCGUACUUGGUUUAGAGAAUUUGAACGAACUCGCACUUUGGAUUUCGUGGUUUUCAAUCAUAGCAUUUGCAAUUUCGUUCUGUCAACUAUCGAAAGAUCGCUUUGAACUAAUGUCAGUUUCUGUCUCCAUUCGUCGUCGGCUACUCCUGAAAAUCCUUGCUUUACUUAUUUGUUUACUUGUUUUAUCUGGCAUUUUAGUCGCUAUUUGUUUUCUUGUUGGCUUGAAAUAUGGCGGUCUCUCCGUAUUUUUCUUCAUGUUGGCAGAAGCAACUUUAUUAACGCUCGACAUAUGCUAUCUUUUGUUUAAAUAUACAUUUCAAUAUUAUAUCUACGAACAACAAAAACAAAAUCCACUAACCACAUCGAAUGAGUACCGGUCUUAUGUGAUUUAUUAUAUCGAAUUUGUGUACCAUAUCGUGACAUUAUUGAUUGAUAUAAUGCAUCAUUUGCAAAUGUUGUUUUAUCACCAGACAUUCAUGUCAAUGACGUCAUUAAUAUUUUUCAUGCAAUUGAAGCCAUUAUUUAAUGAAUUAACGCAACGUUUAAAACGACACAAAUCAUACCGAAUUGCCAUGAUACGAAUGGAGAAAAAGUAUCCACUUUUAACUAAGUAUGAUUUGGAACAGAAGUAUCUCAAACAAAAUUAUGUAUCAAGUCUGGACGAAGUGUGCUCGAUUUGUUGGGAGAAAUUUGAAAAGGCAAGAUGCUUGCCAUGCGGUCAUCUAUUUCAUCAGAAUUGCCUUCGAAGUUGGCUCGAACAAGAUACCACAUGCCCAAUAUGUCGCGUUUCCCUCCAGGAAGAAACCAGUCAACAGACGCCUACACCAUCCGCACCAAUCAUUUCGCCGGCGCCUAAUUUUCUUCUUUGGCCAUCAUUGACGCUUGCUCGUUUCGCUCGAAAUGUUCACGGUAUGAAUGAUACAACAGGUCAACGUCCACCACGGAAUCAUCUAUUUCGCUUUGAUGGAAGCCGUUAUUCAUCUUGGUUACCUAGUUUUUCAAUCGAAAUCAAUCACAAUUUUCCUUUUCGUCUUGGACGUGCUCGUCUUACCGGUGUACAAUUAACCAGCAUGGCUCAAAGUGUUCAACAGGUUUUUCCUCAAAUUCCAUAUGAAAUCAUUCUGGCUGAUUUGCAACGUACGCAAUCUGUCGAUGUAACUAUUGAAAAUAUCAUUGAUCAUCGUAUUCGCAUUGAGCCGCAACAUGCUGCACAUCAACAGGAGUCGUCGACAUCGGAAGAAUCGUCCUACACAUCAUCGGAAGCUUCAUCAUCCGAAGUCGGCGAACCGAUUGAUUCGGAUCUGUUAUCUGAUGCACCUCGGAUACUCCAAACCGAUGAUUUGCUCGAUACUGGUCAUAAUGAUAAUUUUGCAUGGCCAUUGGAUCCACGGCUUCCGCUAGCAACCCGAAAACAACAACUGAUCGCACACAUGCGACGACAAUUCCUUGACCAAUUCAUCAUGCGACGAGGUGUUGGUAUUGGAGGUAUUAAUCAACAAAUUCUCGAAAAGGCAAAAUUUAGCGAAAAAGGUUCCGAACUUGCACGUGACCAUCUCGACAAGCUUGCAAAACAAUUCGAAACAUUUCGCGAUAAUUUGGAAAAAUUUGCUGAAAAACACAAGAAUGAAAUCAAGAAAGAUCUCGCUUUUCGACGACAGUUUCAAGAAAUGUGUGCAACAGUCGGUGUUGAUCCGCUUGCAUCAAGCAAAGGAUUCUGGUCCCAAGUACUCGGAGUUGGUGACUUUUACUACGAAUUGUCUGUACAGAUAGUUGAAGUUUGCGUGGCUACAAGUGAACAGAACGGCGGAUUGAUAUCGCUCGAUGAACUAUUGUUGCGCGUCAGGAAAGCACGUGGUAAAUCGAAAUCGGCUCAAGAUGUCUCUACAGAUGAUAUUCUGCGCGCAAUUAAAAAAUUACAAGCACUCGGUGAUGGAUUUGCCGUGAUUCAGCCGGCCAAUGGGCAAGGACGCAUUUUAAUACAGUGCAUACCAGGAGAAUUAAGUAUGGAUCAUACGACAAUCUUGAAUUCCCUUCAGACACGUUCGAGUUUUACUGCCGAACAGUUACGUGAUCAAUUUCAAUGGUCAAAUGAUCGCAUUCAAACGGCGAUUAAUUUUAUGAUCAAAGAAGGUCUUAUUUGGGUGGACAACAAUGGUCGAUGUUCGGAAUAUUAUUUUCCCGGUUUAUUUACUGCACAGCGUGUAACUUCGGGAGAAAAUGUUUAG